AUGGCACGACCAAAUCCCAGCGGGAGCAUUUCGAGGAUGGCAUUUCUCUUCCUCGUGAUCGCAGCUGCAUCCGGUGUUGGACGUGCGCUGCCUCCAGAGGCAUGCAGCAAAGAGGAUGUGGCGUUCAUGCAGAUCCGUGAGACUAGUGCUGAUGCACAAGGACCAUGUGACUGUAACCCCGCAGACGGAGACAACAAUGCGGAGUAUGCAUAUCCUGUGGAGGAUCCGAGUGCCUGCUUGUGUUCCAACUGGAACCCAAACCAGAGCAACACGUGCAAUGCAGAUUUCCAGCCCUGCUCCAAGCACCACGUCAUCCCUGGAGCACCCUGGGGCCUGGUCUUCUUUGGGAUGAGCAUGUCACGGCAACACCCGGAGGUGCUUACAUCGAACUUGAACAGUGUGACUCACCAAACCAAGUUUGACUUCAAUCGGCUCCAAGAUCGAGGUAACCAAUACCUCUGCAAAAGCAACGACGACGGCUGGCUCACCGGUGGCGGCAACGGCCAGUCUUCCUUCAUGCUGCCCAACAUCGACUCGGGACACAUGGAGUUUGUCCAUCCAGGCACAACAUGCGCCACUGUAGCACCAGCCUCUCAGGUGAAGCCUGAAGUGGCGAGUUACUUUCCGAACAUUCCCAGGCUCAUCACCGGAGCCUCCCUAGCUGAGUUGGUGGAGCGUGUUCGCUGGAAGGUGAAGUUCAAUCAGAUCCGCGUCGUACCUACGAAUGGCCAGUUCACUGAGACGCAAGAGUAUCAGCUGCGGUUUAACCCCUACGACUCUAGCGGCAACCUUGUGAAUCCCACCAUGACGGCCGUGUACAACAAGUUGGUGAAUGAGUUCAAGGAUAUCCAGGUCCUGGACUAUUCAGAUCCUUUUCACAUGUCCAUGAUCCGGCAGGUGUCGUUUUGCACUGCCAGCGCCCGGCGCGACUUCCGGCAACACAACGAGGACUAUACCAUCCAGCCCUGGUACAACUGGGCCAAAGCACAGAACGGUGUUGUUCUGAAUGAAGAUUUGCCACAAUACAAAGUUGCGGGCGCGGGAGGCUUCUACUUAUUUGUGACCCGAAACCGACCUCUCUUUUAUUUUGCCCCGCAAAAAUGGGGAGUCAGAGGGUUCGCCACCAAGACAUACUAUGUGAAAUGGAUUCAGGAUGGUAAGGCUGUGGCAUUUGCAAAUCCCAAUGGGGGUCCUAUAGUUGAAAUCCUGAAAUACGUACCUUUCAAGAAGAAAGUGCAGACUUUCAUCUAUGAGCAUGCCGAGCUUAUCGAGAUAGCGACGGCCUUGUGUGCAAAGUUCGAUUUCCACCGCUUGCCGUUAACCUACUGGACAUCGCCCUGA